AUGCAAAGCAGAACAUCUCAUUGGCCAGGCCCUGAGCGUUACCCAAGGUUUAUACCUGCUGCUCGGAUAAACCGAAUGCAAGUCAAGCUUAGGCAACCGCGUAGUCUUACACUAUGCACGGUCCGGUCAUCACCGGAAUACGAGGGAAUGUGCGCAGAGAUGAAACCAAUCCAGAAGCCUCGAGGAAGAAGAGCGAUCAAAGAACCAAAUGAUGGCGCUGGUGGUCGCCAGAGUUCCAAGGUCGUCCCCCACACUUCUAGAGGCGAUGCGAUCACAGAUUUGAGGAAACAGUGCAUUGAAUGGAACAUGGACAUGAUUGAAACGCGUUAUCGAGAAAGCCAUGUAGCUAGUAACAUUGCACAGCGAUGUCGGCCGCAGUGCUUCUUGCCUUUACGCGUUGCAACGGUCGAGCCAGAAGUGCUCUUGUCAAAACUAAAGAUGCCUUCCACAGUUCCGUGUGACUGGGUCUUCGAUCAGUGUCAGCUGCAGCUGCUAGCACUGGCCUUCUUCUUGCGGGUCCCCGGAACAACAGAUUUUGAAGCUGAGUAUGAUGUCGGCCGUUUGUAUUUUGUCAUGGUUUGGAGCAAGCUUAUGCUGGGCGUUGAUCCUACUGUACAAACCCAAAACACCUCGCUAGCGUCAUUCUUAAUUCUCACUCUUCUCGUUGUCGCACCCACCGAACGAGAUAUACGCAUCAUCAACGUCGUCGACCCUUUCUAUGCUGCCGCCGCACCAUCUUCCCCCAACCUCCAAGCCACCCCCAAUAUCCACAGACUCUAA